AUGAAUAACCUACACCAAUGGUCAGUUGUAGAUGAUGUUAUUGUCUCUAAUUCCUUGUUCCUCAUGUGUCACAACCACAGCAUAGAGAACAAUAGAAGAAGAAGAAGAAGCAUGAACAAUGUUCGAGAGGUUCAAUGGUCAAUGGUCGAUGAUGUAAUUCUCUUUGAUAACUUUGUUAAUGAUUUUGCUCACUUGGGUCAACACGACAACAACAUGGAGAACAAUUUUGAGGUAUAUCAUGAUGCUACAAUUUUUGAAGAAAAUGGUGUGAAUGAUCAAGAUUCUAUUGAAUGUGUUGCUACAACUAUUGAUGAAAUAAAUGAAAUAAAAACAGAGUCUUCUUCAAAUAUUGAGUCAAAUUCUAUGUGUUGUAUUUGUCUUGGAGACUUGUCAAAUGGUUCAAAAAUAAUGGCUCAACCUUGUUCUCAUGUAUUUCACGGAGAUUGUAUUAAUAAGUGGUUCAAUGUUAGCAAGACAUGUCCUCUAUGUCGUAGGGCCAUUCAUUAG